AGCUUGAUGCCCCUAGUCAGAUUGAGGCAAAAGAUGUCACAGACACCACAGCUCUUAUCACGUGGUUCAAACCCUUGGCUGAAAUUGAAGGCAUAGAGCUCACUUAUGGCCCCAAGGAUGUUCCAGGGGACAGGACAACCAUUGACCUCUCUGAAGAUGAAAACCAAUAUUCUAUUGGAAACCUGAGGCCUCACACAGAGUAUGAAGUGAUGCUCAUCUCUCGUCGAGGGGACAUGGAAAGUGACCCCAUUAAAGAAGUCUUUGUCACAGACUUGGAUGCUCCAAGAAACCUGAAGCGGGUGUCACAGACAGACAAUAGCAUUACUUUGGAGUGGAAGAACAGCCAUGCAGAUAUUGAUAACUAUCGAAUUAAGUUUGCUCCCAUCUCUGGUGGAGACCAUUCUGAGAUCACAGUGCCAAAGAGCAACCAAGCAACAACCAGAGCUACGCUCACAGGUUUGAGACCUGGAACUGAAUAUGGCAUUGGAGUGACAGCAGUAAGACAGGACAGGGAAAGUGCUCCUGCUACCAUUAAUGCUGGCACUGAUCUUGAUAAUCCCAAGGACUUGGAAGUCAGUGACCCUACUGAAACCACCUUAUCCCUUCGCUGGAGAAGACCGGUGGCCAAGUUUGAUCGUUAUCGCCUCAUUUACGUUAGCCCCUCUGGAAGGAAGAAUGAAGUGGAAAUCCCCGUGGACAGCACCUCUUUUAUCUUGCGAGGGUUGGAUGCAGGGACAGAAUAUACCAUUAGCCUGGUGGCGGAGAAAGGCAGACACAAAAGCAAACCCACAACUGUCAAGGGUUCCACUGAGGAGGAACCUGAGCUUGGAAAAUUAACAGUAUCAGAGACUGGCUGGGAUGGUUUCCAGCUCACCUGGACAGCAGCUGAUGGGGCCUAUGAGAACUUUAUCAUUCAGGUGCAGGAGUCUGACAAUCCCGAAGAAACCUGGAAUAUCACAGUCCCAGGUGGACUGCGGUUUAUGAAUGUUACAGGCCUCAAGGCCAACACACCUUAUAACAUCACACUUCGUGGUGUGAUUCAAGGCUACAGGACCAAACCCCUUUCUGUUGAAACCAUGACAGGAGUGCACCCAGAAGUUGGUGAGCUAACCGUUUUCAACAUUACUCCUGAAAGCUUCAACCUUUCUUGGACAACCACCAGUGCGGACUUCGACAUCUUUACUAUUGAAAUUAUUGAUUCUAACAGGUUGCUGGAGCCCAUGGAGUUCAACAUCUCAGGCAAUUCAAGAACUGCUCAUAUCUCAGGGCUUUCCCCCAGCACUGAUUUUAUUGUCUACCUCUAUGGGAUCUCUCAUGGUUUCCGCACACAGGCAAUAAGUGCUGCAGCUACAACAGAAGCAGAACCUGAGGUCGACAACCUUCUGGUUUCAGAUGCUACUCCAGAUGGCUUCCGUCUGUCCUGGACUGCAGAUGAUGGGGUUUUCGACAGUUUUGUUCUAAAAAUCAGGGAUACCAAAAGGAAAUCUGAUCCACUGGAACUAAUAGUACCAGGCCAUGAGCGCACCCAGGAUAUAACAGGGCUGAAAGAGGGUACUGAAUAUGAAAUUGAGCUCUAUGGAGUUAGCAGUGGACGACGUUCCCAACCCGUAAAUGCAGUAGCAACCACAGUUGUUGGAUCUCCCAAGGGAAUUUCUUUCUCUGACAUCACCGAAAACUCUGCUACAGUCAGCUGGACACCCCCUCGCACCCGCGUGGAGAGCUUCCGGAUUUCCUAUGUCCCUGUCACAGGAGGUAUUCCAAAUGUUGUUACAGUCGAUGGAAGCAAGACUAGGACCAAGUUGGUGAAGUUAGUCCCAGGUGUAGACUACAAUGUUAGUAUCAUCUCUGUGAAAGGCUUUGAAGAAAGUGAACCCGUCUCUGGCACUCUGAAAACAGCUCUGGACAGCCCAUCAGGCCUAAUAGUGGUGAACAUCACAGACUCUGAGGCUCUGGCAACCUGGCAGCCAGCAAUUGCUGCUGUGGAUAAUUAUGUUGUCUCCUAUGCUUCUGAGGACGAACCAGAAGUUACUCAGAUGGUAUCGGGAAACACUGUGGAGUAUGACCUGAAGGGCCUUCGACCUGCAACUGAGUAUACACUGAGUGUCCAUGCACUGAAGGACACGCAGAGGAGCGAGACCCUCUCCACUCAAUUUACUACAGGAAUGGAUGCUCCAAGAGAUUUAAGUGCCACUGAGAUCCAGUCGGAAACAGCUGUGAUAACUUGGAGGCCUCCACGUGCUCCUGUCACUGGUUAUCUCCUGAUCUACGAGUCCAUUGAUGGCAGAGUCAAGGAAGUCAUCCUAAACCCUGAGACAACUUCCUACAGCCUGACAGAGCUGAGCCCAUCUACCCAGUACACGGUAAAACUCCAGGCGCUGAACAGAUCCCUGAAGAGCAAAAUGAUCCAGGCUAUUUUCACCACAACUGGUCUUCUCUAUCCUUACCCUAAAGACUGCUCCCAGGCUCUCCUGAAUGGAGAAACCACCUCUGGGCUCUACACAGUUUACCUGAAUGGGGACAAGGCUCAGCCUCUGCAAGUCUUCUGCGACAUGGGCGAGGAUGGGGGCGGAUGGAUUGUGUUCCUGAGGCGUCAAAAUGGAAAAGAAGAUUUCUACAAGAACUGGAGAACUUAUGUGGCUGGUUUUGGAGAUCCUAAGGAUGAAUUCUGGAUCGGUCUGGAGAACCUCCACAAAAUCACUUCUCAGGGCCAGUACGAGCUGCGCGUGGAUCUGCGGGACAAAGGUGAGACAGCUUAUGCUGUCUACGACAGGUUCAGCGUUGGAGACGCGAAGAGCAGAUACCGGCUAAGAGUGGAUGGGUACAGCGGCACAGCAGGUGACUCCAUGACGUACCACAACGGAAGGUCAUUCUCCACCUUUGACAAGGACAACGAUUCUGCCAUCACCAACUGUGCUUUGUCAUACAAGGGUGCAUUCUGGUACAAGAAUUGUCACCGAGUCAAUCUGAUGGGCAGAUAUGGUGACAACAGCCACAGUCAGGGUGUUAACUGGUUCCACUGGAAGGGCCACGAAUAUUCCAUCCAAUUUGCGGAGAUGAAGUUGAGACCCUCCAGCUUCCGAAAUCUUGAAGGAAGACGGAAGCGAGCGUAAAGCCCCAGAGAUAGUGAAGGGGCUACGGGCAGGGGGAUGGGGGGAGGGAUAUAGAGUGGGGGUGUGGGGGGAUCUUAUGGCAUCACU